AACAAGUCGCUCCCUGAACAGGCAGCGGGAGUUAUCAUGGCGGCAAGUUCGGAUAUCGAUCGUGGACCAGUGGGAUGCUGGCCGCCCAACGUUUCGCCGACCGCACACCACUGUUCGGCAUCUUAACUACUUUUAUUAUCGCUCGCCGUAUUUUUUUUUUUUACACCACUUAACUGUAAGACUACUGCCAAGAUACGUGCGUCAGAGAGCUACGAGGACAUCCCACGGGAUAUAUUUGUGAGUGUCCUACUUUCACACGCGUUUGUAAACAGUACGGAAAAUGCGGACGUCAGUGCUCACAGUUUUGCUCAAUGUCUUCAGCAUCGUUUGCGGGAGCAAAGUUUUAGAAGCGAAUCCCGAUACGAAGAGACUUUAUGAUGAUUUACUGUCUAAUUAUAAUAGAUUGAUACGUCCUGUUAAUAAUAAUACAAAUACUUUAACAGUUUGGCUGGGAUUAAAAUUGUCGCAAUUAAUAGAAAUGAACCUAAAGAAUCAAGUUAUGACAACGAAUGUCUGGGUAGAGCAGAAAUGGUUUGACUAUAAAUUAACGUGGAAGCCAGAGGAGUAUGGUGGUAUAGAAAUGUUAUACGUGCCUUCCGAGAACAUAUGGCUUCCGGACAUUGUGCUAUACAACAAUGCAGAUGGAAAUUACGAAGUAACGUUAAUGACGAAGGCCACUCUGAAAUUUACUGGCGAGGUAUACUGGAAACCGCCGGCUAUUUACAAGUCAUCUUGUGAGAUUAACGUGGAGUAUUUCCCGUUUGAUGAGCAAUCGUGCAUUAUGAAGUUUGGCUCAUGGACUUACAAUGGUGCUCAGGUAGAUCUGAAGCAUAUGAAGCAAGAGCUUGGUAGCAAUCUAGUGGAGAUCGGCAUAGAUCUUAGCGAUUUUUAUUUAUCAGUAGAAUGGGAUAUUCUUGAAGUACCAGCAGCACGCAACGAAGAAUAUUAUCCAUGUUGCACGGAACCUUACUCGGAUAUUACAUUCAAUAUUACGAUGAGAAGAAAAACUCUAUUUUAUACUGUCAACCUUAUCAUCCCAUGUGUUGGCAUUACAUUUUUAACGGUGCUGGUUUUUUAUCUGCCCAGCGAUUCUGGUGAAAAAGUAUCAUUAUGUUCUUCCAUUCUUCUCUCAUUGACGGUGUUCUUCUUGCUAUUAGCCGAGAUUAUUCCCCCAACAUCGUUGGCCAUACCUUUACUUGGAAAAUAUCUCUUGUUCACCAUGAUUUUAGUUACUCUAUCUAUUUGGAUCACAGUCUGCGUCUUAAAUGUACAUUUCCGAUCGCCUUCUACGCAUAAUAUGUCGCCGUGGGUGAGACAAGUGUUUCUGAAUUGGAUGCCGAGGAUAUUGAUGAUGCGACGUACACCGUAUUCUACGCCAGAAUAUGAUGACACUUAUAUGGAUAGCGCAUAUACUAAUGAAAUAGAUUUCAGUGUAAGCGAUUAUCCUUUAGAAUUAAAAGGGAGUCCAGAUGCAUUCGAAAGCGUUACUUCUACAUACAAGAGUAUCAGAGAUGAUGAUGCACGACACGUGCCGCACGCGUCAGUUACUGACAGCGAAAAUACGAUGCCAAAACAUUUAUCCCCAGACGUUAUAUCAGCUCUCAAAGGUGUGCGUUUCAUUGCUCAACAUAUAAAAGAUGCAGACAAAGACAAUGAGGUCAUAGAAGAUUGGAAAUUCGUAGCUAUGGUUCUGGACAGAUUCUUUCUUUGGGUAUUCACUAUCGCGUGCAUUGGUGGUACGCUAGGAAUAAUAGGUCAAGCACCUAGUCUGUACGAUACCCGACAACCUGUGGACCAACGACUCUCCGGUAUAUCAUUGCGCAAUUAUAUGUAUCCACCGAACGGAACUUUUGAUGAGACUAAUUAAUUAUCGUGACACGUGAAAAGCGAUUCGCAUGUAAAAAAAAGACAGUAAUAUAUUACAUCCUUCUUAAUACACUUGGCACAACACAUACACACAAACAUUUUCAUUCUCUACAUUUAUAUAUAUUUGCUAAAAUUUAUCAAUAUUUUUUAAUAAAAAUAAUUUCUCUUUUCUCCUUGAAAGAACGAAAUAUUAAAUAAUCGCCGCAAUAAAAACAUUUUCUCUAUCUUAUUGAAUGAACAUAAAUGUUAUAAUAUAUAUUGUCAAACAUCAGGGUAUUCAUUCGAUUAGUAUAAAAGCAAAAUUUAUAUGUUCUAAAUAUAUAAGAAUUUUAUAGAGCAACUAACCAAUUUUUUUUUUUAAUUUGAACCCAGAUCAUAUAAUCAAACAUUAUAUAAAAAUAAAUCAUUGAUUAAGGCUUCCAGUUUUUUAUCAUAACAGUACUGGAUUGUGAUGAGAAAUUGUAUGAAUUUUUCUUCACGCUAUACAUCGAAAUAAAUUAAUUUUUUCGUAUAUCACAA